AUGGCCGAUCUCGCAACACCGUCAGCCGCCACCAUGAGCACCAUUGAUGCCGGUGCCACGAAGCCUGCCUUCACCAAGCCUGAGAGACCCGACCAGGCCGACUACGACAAGACCCUCGCCGAGGCACAAAAGGCCCUCGAUGCUGCUGUCGAGAGACAGGCAAGUCUAUCGAUCAAGGCCAAGCUCGACUCGCGCCCCAACAACAAGGAGUCCCCCGAGGCCAAGAGACAGCAGGAGCUGCGCGCACGACUGAACGAGAUCCGCGAGGCACAAAAGUCGGGCAAGUCGAGUCGCGCCCAGCAAAUCGGUCAGAUCCAGCGUCUUGAUGAGCAGCUCAAGUCGCGCAUCAACGAGCAAAAGACUGCCCGCAGCCGUGUCGCUUUCCGCUCCGUCGAUGACAUCCAGAACGAGAUCAACCGUCUCCAGGCCCAGGUCGAGACCGGCACCAUGAAGAUUGUUGACGAGAAGAAGAACCUCGCUGAAAUCACCGCCCUGAACAAGCAGAAGAAGGGUUUCGCCGGCUUCGAGCAGGCCCAGAAGCAGAUCGACGACCUCAAGGCCCAGAUCGCCGAGAUCAAGAAGUCCAUGGACGACCCGGCAAGCAAGGCUCUCUCCGACGAGUACACCAAGAUUACCACCGAGCUUGACGAGAUCAAGGGCAAGCAGGACGAGGUCUUCAAGAACUUGAACCAGCUCCGUGACGAGCGCACCCGCGCCAACGAGGCCCAACAGGUCGCAUACACCAACCUCAAGGACAUCAAGGACAAGUACUGGCAGGCCAAGCGCGCCUUCGCCGAGUACGAGAAGGAGGCAUACCGUGUGCGCAGAGAGCGCCAAAAGGCCGAGCGUGAUGCUUACGAGGCCGGCAAGCGCAAGCAGGUCGCCGAGGCCAAGCUCGAGGAGGCCAGCGCCCCUGCCUACGGUGACGAGAUCCAGACCGCCCAAUCCCUCAUCCGCUACUUCGAUCCUUCAUCGCAAGAGGCCAAGGCUGCUGCCGGUCCUGGCAAGUUUGCUGCUCAGGCCAGCCGUACCGUCGAGGCCACUGGCUUCAAGGGCACCGCUCUUCCCCGCAAGGGUGAGGCUGACGAGGAUUACAUGACCGGCAACGGUGGCAAGAAGGGCAAGAAGAACCGCAAGAACCAGAACGCCUCUCCCGCUCCUGAAGCGCCCGCCGGAAAGUUCAACCUGUCCUUCGGUGUCAUUGAGCAACUCGCCAAGAUUGACGUCCAGCCCCCAUCAUCGCAAGCCGGUGUCGCCAGUGUCGUUGAGCAGAUCAAGUCCAAGCUCGAGAGCUGGCAAAAGGACCAGGACCGCAAGACCCAGGAGAACGUCGACAAGGCCAAGAAGGAGAUCGAGCGUCUCGAGGCCGAGACCGAGAACUCCACCGAGGGUGUCGCAAAGACCAACGGCAACUCCGCCGACAACAUGGCCGCCGACCUCGAGAAGACCAAGCUUGACGAGACCUCCUCGUAG